AUGUUCACGUUUUCUAUAAUAACACCGAGCACAGAUGAUUAUUCAUGUAAGGCAUCGCUCUUGUCUUUUGAUAAUGAUAUAAAGAUUUUGGCUGAUCCGAGCUGGAAUGGUAAUAAUCAUAAUGACAUUUUAUACAUGGAACAAUACCUAAAGGAAGUUGACAUAAUACUCUUAUCUCAUUCUACACCUGAAUUUAUAAGUGGAUUUGUCUUGUUAUGUAUAAAGUUUCCUAAUUUGAUGUCCAAUAUUCCUAUCUAUUCUACAUUGCCGGUAAAUCAGUUGGGACGAGUUUCUACAGUUGAAUAUUAUAGGGCUAACGGUGUUUUGGGACCAUUGAAUAAUAGCAUAUUAGAAGUUGAUGAGGUAGACGAAUGGUUUGAUAAGAUUAUACCGUUAAAGUUUUUUCAAACAUUGAGUGUAUUUGAUAAUAGAUUGGUUAUCACUCCAUACAAUGCUGGGCACACUUUAGGUGGUACGUUCUGGUUAAUAACGAGAAGACUAGAAAAAAUCAUAUAUGCUCCAUCGUGGAACCAUUCUAAGGAUUCAUUUUUGAAUAGUGCUAGUUUCUUGUCGUCGUCGAGUGGGAAUCCAUUAUCACAAUUGAUGAGACCAACAGUAUUAAUUACAAAUACCGAUUUAGGAUCUACCAUGUCUCAUAAGAAACGGACUGAAAAAUUCCUUAAUUUGGUUGAUGCUACAUUGGCUAAUGGUGGGGCAGUAUUAUUGCCUACAUCUCUUUCGGGUAGGUUUUUGGAAUUAUUACAUUUAAUAGAUCAGCAUUUACAAAGUGCACCCAUACCUGUCUAUUUCUUAUCAUAUUCUGGGACUAAGGUUCUAAGCUACGCGUCAAAUUUAUUAGAAUGGAUGUCAUCGCAAUUAGUAAAGGAAUGGGAGGAAGCAUCUUCUGUGAAUAAUAAUAGUUCGAAUAAGAACAAUUUUCCAUUCGAUCCUUCUAAAGUCGAUUUAUUGCUGGACCCUAGUGAGCUCGUUCAACUAAGUGGACCAAAAAUUGUCUUCUGUUCCGGUAUUGAUUUAAAAAAUGGUGAUAUGUCGUCGGAGGCAUUACAAUACUUAUGUCAGGAUGAGAAAACAACCAUCGUGUUGACAGAAAAAACGCAUUUUGGGUUAGAUAAUACAAUUAACUCCCAAUUAUAUCAUGAUUGGUACAAUCUCACGAAGCAAAAACAAGGAGGCACCGUUGAAGAUGGGGUCGCUGUUCCGUUAGAAAAGGUUAUUAGCUUGGAAAAUUGGAAUAGGGAAGAACCUUUAAUAGGUGCAGAACUUACGGAUUUUCAGGAAAAGAUAAAUUUACAGAGAAAACAAAAGUUACUUGCUAAGGUAAGAGAUAGAAAGAAUCAAAAUUUAUUAAAUGCAGAUACGAUAAAUGGUGAUGAUUCGUCGUCGGAUGAAGAGGACGAUGUUGUCUCAUCUGACGAUGAAGCUGCGGCAUUAAAAUAUACUGAAGCUCCUGCUAAUGCGGAUGCUUCCACCACAACGAACGUGCCCGCUGUUGUUAAGGUUGACGAGCUUUCAGCUCAUGAGGCAUUUAUAACAGAUCACGUCAAGCAAACUCUUGAAGCAAAUCGUCCACUAGACCUCAAGAUUACGCAUAAAUUGAAGCCUAGACAAGCUAUGUUUCCUUAUAUAGUUGGUUCUCAUAAACAAAAAUUUGAUGAUUAUGGUGAAGUAAUCGACAUCAAAGAUUUCCAAAAGCAAGAGGACACUAGUAGUAACAAAUUAAUCAUGGAAAGUAAACGGAAAUUCGAACAAAACGAAAAGCGUAAAUGGGGUAAUGUCGAUAAUAAGGGUAAAGGGCGUGGUAAAAACUCGGAUAAAGAUAACAAUAACCAAAAUAAAAUCACACCGCAGGAACUCCUAAAUAAUCAAUUGUUACAGAAAAACCUUGAUACAUUAUUUAGCCCUCGAAAGAGAAUUCCACUCAAUGCGGCAUCUUCAUUUUCAUCCAAGCCACAAGAGUUACGCAUGAGGUGUGGAUUGUCAUUUGUUGACUUAUCGGGUUUAGUGGACAUGCGUUCGUUAAGUUUGAUCGUCUCAUCAUUGAAACCAUACAAUUUAUUAUUAUUGCCCGAUUUCAGUGUAAAUCAAAACACAAUUGAAGAAAUGAAUGGUUUGGCGGCUGUCAAGCAGAUGUUUGAUCAGCAACAAGAUCAGCAUCAACAGGAGCAAAAUAAGAAGUCUUUAGCGAACUCAUCGAGAUAUUUAUCUUUGGCAACAAUAAGAGGAGGCAUUUCGAAUUUCGUUACAAGUAAGAACAGUGCUGGUAAGCUGGCAAUUGUCGCUGUACAGUGCAAUACACCGGUUAAGAUUGGUGGUGACGACUCUGAUGAUACUGGCAUCGGUUUAAGUAACUUCGAAAUUAAAUUAGAUGAUAGUAUUAUUGAUAGCUUAAAAUGGCAAAAUAUUGAUGGCAGUUAUAGAGUCGCCCAGGUGUAUGGUGAGCUAGAAAUACAUAACCAAGAUUUGCCUAAUAAGAAACAGAAGACUAUCAGUGACUAUAUGAAUUCAUCCACCCAAUUCACCUUGAAGCAUAUUUCCAAUCAAGACUUCUUAAAGCAACAACAAGCACUCGUAGAUGCACAUGCCGCAACUACUGGCCAAUUACUCAAUAAUAACGGUCCAAAAUUGGCCAUUGGGAAUAUUAGAUUACCAGAGCUCAAAAAGAAGCUCAUCAGCCGUAAUAUGAAUGCAGAAUUCAAGAGUGAAGGUACAUUGGUUGUGAACAAUAGUCUAGCCAUAAGAAAAGUUACCUACAGCAAUGUAGAAGGUGAAGACACCGGUGACAUAGUCAUUGAUGGUGCUAUGGGCCCAUUAUACUACGAAAUUAAAGACUGUAUACGUGAAAUGUUAGCCUAUGUAUAA